AACAAAGCGUGUCAGCAGCGCGUGCCGUCGCCAUGACAACUACAGUUUUGCUCGGUGGGUUUGAACGGCUGCAUAACGUCAACAUGCAACUGCUGUUUACUACAGUAUUUUGAGAGGAAAAAUAGGCACCUGCCAAAUACAUUCAGAAAUGCAGAGGAAUUUGCAUCUAGACGAUAUUAUAUCAAAGAUACCAUCCCUGGACUCGGACCUAUCAUCAACAGACAAUGAAGGAGAUAACGUUGUGGCUGUUCUAAAGCAACAAGUGACUCACUUGCCGAAAGGAAGCAGCAUGAACCUGGAGUGUCCAAAAGUCAAGCCAUUUACUUCCUGGACUGAUGAUAGCCAAAAAUGUGACUCUAAUCCUCAGCUUCCUGUGGGUCAUGAAACGGAAGAAUCGCUGAAUGAAAAAGUGCCACAUAAAACAGAACACAAUGUGCCUUUGCAACAAAAAGCAAACAAGACUGAUUGGAUAGAGACUAAGUUCUGUCCUGUUUUAUCACUGACACCUCUUGAUACCUGGGAUCUUGACCAAGUCCUUCAGACGCUACAGCAACACAAACCUCUUGUCAAACCAAUUCAAUCCGAUACACGCAGAGGCAAUGACAGUGAAAUGAAUGAAAAUGAUUUAAUGAAGCAGCUGAUUGCUUUUUGUGAGAAGAAAGUAAAUGAGAUGGAAAUAAAGACACAUGUUUCAUCUACGAAAACUCAUAAUAUGCAAGAAUCAUCCCUCGGAUGUACUGGACGACUGAUAAAUGAAACAAACUUUAAAGGGACCUCAGCACAAUUACAACACAAUCAAGAUUCUCCAACCAUAUAUAUGGAUUUGCGCAACAAUGCAUUUCAAGCAAAACUAUCAGUCAUUAGCCAGAGUAACAGUGUCGUAAAUCCUGCAAACCCGGAAAAGAAAAAGAUCUCCACUAAGAAGACAUCUAAUGCUAAUGCAAGAGCAAAUGGACAGAAAAGAGAAUUUUCUGGGAAGAGUUUAUUACUCCAAAACAAGAGACAGUCAGAAGAAAGUAUGUUAGCGAUGUCCGGGAGCUGGAAAAAUCCACAAGAUUUUGCUGGGGAUAAGCAGAAAAACUCUUCAGGGAAAAGUAUAAAGGAAAACCAUGAUCCUGAAACUAGCUGCAGUGAACCUGGCAUUCAGCAGUUCAAUGUCUGCUCUCCUACUGUGAAACAUGCCCAACAUAAACAGAGUACUCCAUCUUCUCACAUUCCAGCUGCUCAAAACAAGCAAAGAGAGCAACACAGUCAUAAAAUCAGAUGGCAGAAAGAUCUAAAGUUCUUGCAAGCAUUCAGACCUGAAUAUCUUAAUAAUAACUGUCAGGAAGCUGCUGAGAGGACUGAUAUUCUUUAUGAGCCUGAAGCAUCCUACCUUCCUUCGGUGAACACUCUACUUCCAGAUCUACAGAUGAAGGAGUGUUUGCUGCUGACUGUGUCCUUAUCCAGUCCUGGGGUGGUGGCUGGAAGAACGCAGAGAAAAACACAGACAACGGAUUCAGCCUUGAGCAAAUCACAUGUUUACAAUGCACUCAUAGCAUGGUUCAUGUCUUUGACUGAUCCAAAAACCUGUGGGAGAAAAGGUAACAAGCUUGAUGCCCCUUUCUGGGUGGCUGGCCUGCAGCAGUUUUACAAGGAAGAUGGCUUUGCCUUGUACAUCUGUGCCAUGUCUCUCGAGGACUGUCGAACUGGCUGUAGAAAUUCCAGGAUGGAGAAGGUGGAAAGCGACGAGAGCAUGUUUUAUAGACGAGUUUGCAAGUUCUUUGCUCAGACGCCAUUGAAUACUGUUGCCUUCUGGGUACCUCAGCUUAAUCAUUUGCUGGAGGAACAGGCUUAUCCUACACAUGUCAACUUGCCCUCAUCCUAUCUGGACUGCUUCAUCUCUGUCAACCCAAAUCGAGAGGCUGUUGGAAAUGUUUUUAGUAUGAUCCCAAGUUUCUACUGGCAAACUCUGGAAACAGAAGAUCAAAAAUGUCAAAGCACAGAAGCCACAAUUUCUCAAGAGUGUCAUACUGAGACAGCACUUGUUCUGAUAGGCAGGGCACUGUUUCUUAACCCACUGGCAAUGCAUCACACACUUGAGCUUAUGUGGAGAUCAAGUCUAGAUGUAUGUGGUAUCCGCUUCCUCUAUCCGCCCCAAGAGCUCCUGACAAACUUUGCUGUCAGCAAGUCAGUUAUGCAUGAAGGGGAACAUUCUCAUCAGCCAGUGCUCAUCAUGGCUUUCCGGGGUCCUCACGCUAACUCAGUGUGGCAGGAGAUCACAGGGCCAUCAGACUCCCAACUGGCAAGGCGGACAGAUCCAGCAUCCAUCAACGCCCUGUAUGGUCACAUUCAAGACCAGCUCCUGCUCUACUCACCCCGUCUUGCCAGUCUUGUGCAUCUGGGGCUCUGCUUGUGGUUUGGUGGUAGAAUAGCAAAAAACAGCCUGUCAACUAUUCAGGACUCUGGUGACAAAGGAGUCACAUGUUCCCAUGUUCUGACCUCUUCUCCAGCAAGUUUAUGUGCCACUGUAAAAGCGGAUAUAUUUCUCAUUGUGUCUCCUGUGGUUGGACCACGCUGUUACGGCUAUAUACUAUCUUCAUGUGCUAAAACAGGCUUCAGUCUAUUGGGACUUCAAAGAGCACAGAUCUCCAGGAAACAAGCUCAAUCUCUGGGACUCAACGCAAAACAGGUAGCAGCAUUCUGUCAAGCUCCCACAGUGUUUCUGGCUGGAGAACAGGUUGAGCUGUCCUCUCAUUGCCUGGUGCUGCUCAUGAGGAGAGAGAGUGCAGUUAGACACUGUUCCAGACUGCCGAUAGGUUUGAUGAAUGAGCUUGCUGCACGAGGCCUUAUUGGAUCGAUCUGUUCAAGAUUCACAGAUGUUCUGGGUCCACAUGUCUGCUUUCACGCUGUACCCUACUCUAAACAGCACCACAAUGUUCUGGGUGGGCUCAUGUGGACAAUGCCGGAGUGUAGCCACAUGGUCUUGUCCAGACACACAUAUCCCUCAUGUCCAGAUGCAGAGCAGGUGGUGAUUCUUACACUAACUGGUCAAAACAUUGUGGAGAAAGAAAUGGACUUUCUUCAGAAGGUUCUCAGUGGAGAUUCAGCAGGACAAGAGGGAUUUGAGUUGCUGGCACUAAAGUGGGAGCCAAAGCUAUCUCAGCAGCAGGCGCAAGAGUUGAGCCCGUUUGAGAUUGGAGAAAAAGAGUGGCAGAGCAGUGUGCAGAGCUUGACAUCCGCUGCUGCCCUGGUUUUGGGUUUGAGGAGGGUGAGGGCAUUCGUCACCCUACGUAGACUUUUACCACAAAAUUACCCAGGAAACCUGAAUGUAUUGAUGUCCCCCACACCUGAGACAGCUUUCAGACAGAGCUGCCUCUUCUUCUCUGAGACAGAAUUGGUCCCUGAUCACACCAGUCGACCAUCAUUGAAAUUCUUACCGCCUCAUCACAUUGACACUCCUGGUAUGUACAGAAACAAGCCCAAAUAUGUUUUCCUGCUAUACGCUCUGGGAACUGACUGUCAAUCUCCGACAACCCUCAGGUCUCAGAAGUCAGUCGCUUUACAGUUACAUGACAGCCCUGAGACACUUUUGACUUUAGCUCUGUUUAAGCCUGGAGCCUGGAGACAUCGCUUUGGUAAAAUUCUCACCGUAAUCAAACAGAACGGAUAUACUCUAGUGGGCUUGCGUGUGCUUCUGCUGGACUCAAGCAUGGCAAAUGCACUGACACAUCCACCAGAGCAACAGGAUGCCAUUGAGGAACUGGAGUUGAAUUACUUGGUAUCAGGCCCCUCGCUAGCUUUGGGUUUACUGAGAGUGAAUGCAGUAAAGAAGCUGCUGGAGCUGAUGGGCCCUGAGGAUCCCGUUGAAGCCCGUACCAUAGAUCAGACUCUAUGGAGGGCCCAGUAUGGCGUUGACAGGCUGCACAAUUUCAUCUAUGGUCCUUUGGUCUGCGGGGCUUUUUGUCAGACCACCUGCCUGCUGAUACCUUCCAACCUCCUGCGGCAGAAUCAGCCACCUCUGUACUCAGAGAUACUCCAGCGGCUGCUUAGGACAGGCUGCCACCUGGUGGCUGGAAGGCUCUGCACACCAGAUGAGAAACAAAGGCAGCACAUGUGCGAGUUACUGAGGUCUUCUGCUGGUGAAGCACUUCUAUGUGAGGGGCCCUGUCUUAUCAUUGCUUUGCAAGCAGACAAUGCCAUCACAUGUUUCAACAUCAUUCUCGAGAGCAUUUGCAGGGAGAGACCCGACUUUAAGAGAGUUACAAUGAAACUUCUUUACCCAAACUCUGAAAGUGGGGCAAAGAAAUUGCUGUGUUACCUGUUUGAGGAUCUCUGUACUGACAGUCAUCCCCGCGUAGCACCACUAUAA